AUGAAGGAAAUAUUUCCGAAUACCAUUAAUAUAAAUACCAUUAAAUGUUACCAAAUUAAAGAUGGUUUCUCUUGUACUAAAUCUAGAAUAAAAUGUCAAAAUUUCGGAGAAUGGUGCAGAGAUUUGCCCAAAACUCUCAAGGAAUUAAGUAUUCAAUCCAUUUCAGACAACUGGGAAGAUAAUCCACUACUCGAUGAAAUAUGUUCACCAGAAGACAGAUGUAUACUUUUGAACAUCCUUCCUACAAACUUACCACUCUGUAUAACAGUUCCCAUAAUCAACGAUAACUUUUACUGGAAAAAAAGUGCCCUGGAAAGGUGGCCCCACUUAAUGCCCACGAAUGUAACUGAAUGCGAUAUGUUCACGUUCCCAUCCAAGGCAAUCGAGAAAAAAUCAUUCGAUUGCGAUGAUGAAAACAUUUCAGACACGAGUUUGUACACGGAAAACAGUUCUGAAAAAACUGGAGUGUUCACGGAAACGAAGAGCUGGAAGCAGUAUUACCUAGAGAACCAUAUUAAAGAAUACUUGGAAAAACUGCAGCCUGAAGAAUACGAUCCAGAAGAGAUGAAGAAAAUCUGCGAUAUUUGCGGGCCUUUCGUUAAGUCUCUCCAGAUAGAAGAAUUAAGGAGAGCAGAUAAGGAUGGUUGCAGAAUACCGAUUGGUUCUGUCCUGAGCGGCCUCCCUAAACUACAAGAACUGUCGAUUUGCUUCAAAGAGAAAUACAUUGGUUUCGAGAAUUUCAACUGGAGCGUUAUUCACCCAUCUGCUAGAGACAUAAAAAAUUUGGCUAAGGGUUUAGAAAAGACAAAACUACUAACGGUGAGAAUCCUCAACUCAGGCCUAGAAAGAAAUGAAUGUAUCCCAAUACUAAACUCUCUAAGGAAAUACGACAAUUUAAACAUCCUGGAUUUCUCUUACUGCAGCCUAGGCAAUGAGGGGACCAUAUCAUUAUGCAGAUUCAUCAGAGAAAUGUCUGUCAAAGAACUUUCGCUCAUUGAUAACAACAUAGGUGACGAAGGUGCCGAAGCUAUAGCAUUCGUUCUUCACAACCACGAAUGCACCCUCCGGUACCUAAAUGUAAGAAUGAACCCCAUCGGCUCGAGGAGUGGUAACUUGAUACUUGAAUCCGUACUGUUCAAUAGGAAUUUAAAAAUACUGGAUUUGAGUGCCUGCAAUAUUGGUUUUCAGGAAGCCAUAGGGAAAGUUUUACGAAAAUCUUCAUCCUUACAGGAAUUAUAUCUAUCGAACAAUCCCAUCGGUAAUGAGGUCGGCAACGUCAUAUUGAACUGUUUGAAUUUCAACAAAACACUCAGAAAAAUUGAUUUGAGGAUGUGCAACAUACACUCUGAACUGCAACAUAAAAUAAAUGAGAAGAUAAAAGGAGUUGCCGAAUCAAGUAUUUUAAAGUUUCUAGAAGAAGAUGAAAGUGAACCUGAAUUCAGCGAUAAAUGUAGAAAACAUUUCGAGGGAAGUUUUGAAGAAUGAUUGUAUAGAAAUUGAAAAUAACCGGUAAAAUUAUUUGGCUCUCGUUUCUUCUCACUAUCAUGCAUCAACCGAAGCAAUUACUCGAAAUGUUCUGAAAAAAAAAAGUUAUAUAAGUAUUGCAGAAAUCGAGUUACCCUUUUUGUUAAAUAAUGACUAUAAUGAAAAUUUCAGAAUUAAAAAGCUCUUUGUUGACCAACACUAAUUUUAUGGACAAAAUAAUCUCAUCAUUUUUUUUUCAAUAAGCGAUUCCGAUUUUUUCAUGAAAAACUAAAAAAAUAAA